AUGCCCCGUUUCCUGGUGUGUGGUCCUCCAGUGAGGUUGUGCAUGGGCAUCGCCUGUGUCCUGGCCCUCUCAAACGCAGUGCCUGGUCUUAAAGGAGAACACAAGCAAGAAAAGGGAACGUCUUUCCUACCUGCAGCAGGGUCUGUCCUCAGGGAAGAGAAGAAGGAAGAGGCGAUGACAUUUCUUGCUGCCACGGAGCUCCCUGCAAAGUCUGUUGAUCUGUCUGCACUCAACCUGACGGAGCUUGUGAAUGGGAUGCUGAGUAGAGCUUUGAAAGAGAGCAAGAAGUUCUUCUCCUUGCUGACUGUUACAUCCUACAGUUCCUUCGCCUUUCACAAGGUGUCCAUCGCCAUAUACAACAUCUCCAACCCCAAGACAGUGGACUCCGCCAAGUUCCCCACCAGGUACUGCUACUGCUUAAACAACCGGACCAAUGACUUGUCAGAUUUCACAGCCUUGCUGGUGGACAUCAUUGGAAAUUCGACCAGCUACCUCACCGAGAUCUUUAAGUCCACCUCCAUCCUCUCAGUGAGUCAAACCAAUGAAUCCAACUGCAUCUUCAUCUGCGUGAUGGCGGGGAGGUCCGGAAGGAAUCUUUCUGACUUCUGGGAGAUGGCAGAAAGAUCCCCCGUUAUCAAUUACACCUUCACCAGCAGCGUGGCCAUGGCUGGCGUCCUGGGUUCCGCUACCAGGAAAACAGCCGAGACCUCCAGACCCACAACCCAAAGCCGACAGACACUACGGAAAGCGAGCCUCCCAACCUGGACCCAGAGCUCACACGGGGAGUCUGCUCCAAGGACUUUCCUAUGGGCAGAGACAAGCUCUCCUUCUGAGAGACAGGCGGUAGGGGGCCCAGCGAGGCUGAUUCCCACUCAGGCCACGGGCACACAGAGGAUUGCCUCUCACUCCCACCCAGCUUCCGCCACUAACACCACCACGGGGAUCAAUUUGCCAGAACCUGAAGAAAAUGUUCUACGCUACGGGGAAGGUGACGGCAACACCACAGGAGACAGCCGGCAGCCGGGCACGCGCUUCCACGUCACCAGUGGCCAGGGCUCAGACCACGGAGAGCACACCUGGAGGUCCCCCCCGGACAGCCCACGCCCCCACACCCUGGGCAGCUCCCACGGAUGCCCAGGAGGCCACAGGCUUGGCAGAGUUGUGGGCCGAGUCCGGCAGCGCCACCCAGCCCAGUCCAGUCGCAGAAACAGCCACCCCUGCUACACAGACUCCAAUCCCAACCAAGGCACCAGCCCCCAGAGAUCCCCAGAUGGAUGCUGUUCCUGCAAGAUGGCCGCCCACCCCUGGGGAAGAGCCAGGGGGUGUCCCCGGCUGCCCCUCAAAGAGGGGCCCACGACAGCUGCGCCUGCCCCUGUGGUCAUCCAGAAGCUCCACCCCUGCCUAAUGGAGCUGUGCCACUACUUCCAGCGGUGCCUCUGCGGGAGCCACAGGAGAGAUUCCAGCUUGAGGACCGUGAGGUACUGUCUAGAAUCCUACUCUUGGUUUCUAAAGAAUGCAACGUUGAUCUGUGGGAGAGUGAAGAGAGUCUCCCACUCACACACCUUGAAGCAGAAAUGCCUUGAGAAUGUCUGCAAAUCCGUGUGA